CAAAGCACAGCUGUUGUAAGCAAAAGCGAAAGCGCACACAAAGAACAUUAUGACCUGAGAAGUGAGAACAUCGAAAACCAGGAAGGGAACAGCGUGCGAUGCGAAGGAGCAGACGUUCAUUUCAGUAUAGCUGAGUACCUCGACGGGUCCGGACGCGAUAGGAGAUUUUUGCGGAAAAGAGGCGAAGUGUUUGCGAAGAAAGCCGUAGCUGUGUCAAGGCGUCUGAGGCAAAACAAAGCAAAAGUGUGAAUCCAAGGGUGUAAUUGUAGCCUGCGUAGUGAAGUUGCAGAGAGUACAGUAAUUGAUCGACGUUGUUGUUGCCUUAGCCGCUCCAUUUCGAUUCGUGUGUUGCGUGCAGUUUAUUCAAGCUGGAAGCAUAAAACUCCGAGCACGCUUGAAUGAUUGGAAGCGUACGCGCACGGAAAGUUCAACGUGCAAUCCAUACCAGCAGAUGACGCAGUUGGAGAAACUACGCCUGCCACUGGUGGUGGCAGGAUUGCUUGUUUUCUCAAACCUGUUGAUCGUCGUGUCGUCAUAUCGGGUUGGAGUGGGGCGAGCCGAUUGCACUGGACCACCAGUCGAGAUUGGAUUUAUGGGCUACGCGGAGUUUUCACAGCGAGGUCAUGGCAUCCAUUUACGACAGUUUUCCAGAGCGUUCAUUUUUGAGGAUGAGCUUGGUGAAAGGGUUGUUUUUGUCAGUGCCGAUGCCGGAAUGAUGGGACAUGCGGUCAAGCGAGAUGUGAUUGAUCUUUUGCAGAAAAAGUAUGGAGAUCUGUAUCGCUUUGAGAAUGUAGUACUCAGUGGAACGCACAGCCAUAGCGUACCAUCGGGCUUUCUGAUGUCGUUCCUUUAUGAUAUUGCUUCGCUGGGAUUCGUUCCUCAGAACUUCAACGCGCUGGUAGAGGGAAUCACGCUCAGUAUUGUGAGAGCUCACGAAAGCAUGCAGGAAGGACGAGUUUACGUUUCGGAAACGGAGGUUUUCGAUGCCAAUAUCAACCGCAGUCCCAGCGCGUAUGAAAAUAACCCUAAAGAAGAACGAAUGCUCUACAAAGACUACACAGAUAAAAAGCUAGUGCAACUGAAACUAGUAGAUAGCCAGGGGAACCCCUUAGGUGCAAUCAAUUGGUUCGCUGUCCAUCCGACUUCGAUGAACAAAACAAACUGUUUUCUGUCCAGUGACAAUGUUGGAUAUGCGUCAAUUCUGUUGGAGCAAGAAAUGAAUCCGGACAGUUUGCCAGGACAAGGGAAAUUUGUGGGAGCAAUGGCAGCGUCGAAUUUGGGCGAUGUUUCUCCGAAUGUGAUGGGACCAAAGUGUGAGAAAACGGGUCUUCCGUGUGAUCUACUGACGUCUUCCUGUCCAAGCGGAACGGGAUCCUGCACCGCCUCAGGACCUGGCAAGGAUAUGUUCGAGAGCACGAAACUCAUUGCAAAGCGGAUUCACAAUGCAGCAUCGAAACUACUUCGCUCCAAAAAGACUCGUGAAAUUCGUGGUCCCAUAGCGUACGCUCAUAAAUUCAUCGACAUGACAACGGCAGUAGUUCCGUAUUACAAUCGCACAACCCAACGGAAGGAAGAAGUACACGGGUGCUAUCCCGCCAUGGGAUACAGUUUUGCAGCUGGAACCACAGACGGUCCAGGAGCAUUCGAUUUCCGCCAGGCAAUGCUCACGGAUACCACAUUUUGGAAUACUGCAAGAGAUUUGAUAGCCGUUCCCACGACGGAUGAUAUAGCGUGCCAUGCUCCCAAACCAAUCUUGGUGGCAAGUGGUCGUACGACAUUUUCGUACGAAACGCAGCCCAAAAUUGUACCAGUACAGAUUCUGUUGCUGAGUGAUUUUGCCAUAGCAGCUGUUCCAGCUGAGUUCACAACCAUGUCCGGACGACGAUUGAGGAAGACUAUCGAAGGUGCAUCAUUGGUAGCCGAUGGGAAGAAGGUACAGGUGGUGAUAGCUGGGUUGUCGAAUAUGUAUACAAGCUACGUAGCGACACCCGAAGAGUAUGCCAUUCAAAGGUAUGAAGGAGCAUCAACGUUGUACGGGCCUCAUACUUUGACGAUCUAUUUGUAUCACUUCAAGAAGCUAAUGAAAGCGCUUGUCAACAGAAGGAGAGUUGAAGAAGGACCUUCUCCACCCUUUGAAGACUAUAAGCAGAUCACGCUCUCUACAGGGGUAGUAUACGAUGGACAUCCCUUCCGAAUGUACUUUGGGGAUGUGCAGGACCAGCCAAAAGAAACCUACAUGCGAGGAGAUACAGUCCAAGCGUCGUUUGUCGCUGGAAAUCCCAGAAAUAAUUUAAUGCAUGAAAAGACGUAUUUCACGGUUGAGAAAUUGGUGGGAGACGAUCAGUGGAAAGUGAUUGCUACGGAUGCUAGUUGGGAAACCAAGUUCAAAUGGAUUCGAAAGUCAACGCUGUUCGCCUACAGUGAUAUCGAGUUUGAAUGGGAAACAGGUCCAGAGACAGCCGAAGGAAUUUAUAGGAUACAACAUUUCGGGUAUUGGAGAUACAUUUUAGGAGGGACUUACCCCUACAAUGGUACUACAAGAAAUUUUAGCAUUUUAUAGAUAGGAUAGGAGUUAGAAUUUAUAGGUUUACGUACUAUAAAAUGUGAUACAAACGCAGUAACAAAAACUAGUCAAGCCUUAGAGAA